CGUCGAAGCUCCUGGCCGUCAUCGCCGCCAAUCUGCACCUUUCGUACAUACAUACUUCGCACGCACGUACAUACGUGGUGGUGAUGUUGUGCAUGCUGAUCGUUUCGCACUUUCGUCGCUGCUCGCUCGCCGCGUCUGCCACCGCCCGUUUGUGCCUUUGCCUGUCGCGCAUAGACAGCCUGCUUCCGUCUCGUCCAACAUUGAUUGAUUGAGCUCUCUCUCUCUCUCUCUCUCUCGGUGGCUCUUGCGCGCCCCGCCGCCGCCGCCGACGCCGCCGACGGGCCGCCGCCUUUGUUGUUGUUGGCAGUGCCACCACAACUACGACCACGACCACGACCACAAGCACGAGCACCACCAUCCAGCGCCAACACCGCUCUCACUUGACACUCGGGUGCCUCGCCGUGUCCAGACGAGCCACGCCAACGCGCCCCUCCCCCUCCCCCAUUCAUCCUCGGCGGACGGAGCGGCCAUGCUCGCCUGGUAGCACCGUUCGCCUCGCCGACGGGUGCCGCAGCAUGCGGCUCGCAUAUGACUGAGGUACGAUGCCUAUAUCCAACAACCCCCCCGACGACGAUGAUGCGUCGACCCAGCCCGCGGGCGGCGCCCAACCCGACGGCCACGCGCCCACGACGCCCAAGCAAAAGCGGUCGCCCAGCCCGGGCACGACGCCCAGGUCCGCUCCUGCCGCCGCGGGUGCCGCCGGCCUUGCCGCGGCGUCUCGCCCGCGAUCCAACUCCAAGAAGCCCGAGCCCACCCUGCUCGCAGACUUCCUCAAGGGUCGGCCCUCGCCCUCGCGCCAGGCCGCCGAACGCCGCCGCCGCCAGAGCGUCGAGGCCGUCAAGGCCGAGCUGCGCCAGGAGAUGAGACAGAGCUCUGUUCGCAAGCUGCAGCCCCCCGGCGGCGUGCGCGACCGCGUCAGCGCCUGGCAAAAGACCAAUGCAGCUGCCGCUGCAAAGGGUGAUCCUGACGAUGCGGCCACGGAGCCCCCCGACGUGGCCUUUGCCGACGAGGACAUUGAAAGCGUCACCGAGGAGGACCGCCUGCGCAUCAGGAUGAGGCAGAGGAAGCGCCCGCCACCCCGCGUGAAGCCAGAGGUGCAUCACUCCGCCGAUACGCCCGCCUCGACCAGCACCGGCGACGAUACCCUCGAAUCCCGACCCAAUGCUCCUCCCAAGAAACGUGUCGUUAGUGACGAGCACUGGAGGAAGCCCAAAGCCCACAAGAACGCCCUCCGCAAGGUCUCGCCAAAGGCUACGACCAAGUCGCCCAGCCCGAACCCCAUACCCCCCGACUUUGUCCAGCGCUCCGCCCCGCACCCUAAUGUGUCGGGCAAGAUCAAGGCCUGGGCGGCCAAGGUCGAGGUCCCCGACACCCCACCGCCGAGGAGUUACAGGUCGACACACUCCCGCAAAAGCGCCAGGUCAGAAACCACCAGCGAUGGGGGCGGGGCGUCAAGCCAGGCGACGGCCAAGCACGUCCCGCCGUCUGUGGACGAUGAUGGGAUCCGGGUCACGCCGCAGAAGCUGGACGAUGGAAUCCGUGUCACGGGCUCCAAGUCGGUUCCCAAGGACGCUGACGGCGUGCGCGUGCGACCGACGAGUGCGAGCUUUGCGAAACACAAGCCCGCAGAUGCGCCGCCUGCAUCCCGGGCCCGGAGUAGGACGACCACGUCUGCGCGAGAUAGGUCCGACAGGAUAAUAGUCGAGGAAUCGGAGCUCUCGCGGACUACAGAGUCCACAUCGCGCAGCGGCCCCGACUAUAUCGAGGUCAUCGAGGAGCCCGACUCCGUUCUUGACACCCCCACUAAGCGUCCGGGACCGCGGAGGCGGCUCUCGCCCAAAUCACGGCCCAAGUCGGUAGCCGACACGUCCAAGCUCUCCACAGAUCCAUCCAGCCUCGACGACGAGGGCUCCAACCUAAGCAGCGCCUACAACGCCUCCGACCUCUCGAGCAUCGCGAACAAGUCUGUUGCAGACAUCUCGGGCGACAUUCCCUUUGGCCACUCGGCCUUCAGCGAGCUCGAUCUUUCCCUCAACAAAACACGGCCGAAACGGCCCAAGGUUGAUCGCAAUUCCAGCCUCAAGGGCAUGCCGAAUGUCUUCAAGAAGGUUGUGGAAGAGGGCAAGAAGAUGAUCCACGACAUCAACGAACCGUCAAAGGCACCUGUCGUGAAUAAGCCGCCAAGCAUCGAAAAGUGGUUGAACAACACGGUCGACCCGUUUGUGGACGACUCCAGCACUACGCCAAAGACGCCCGAGAAGCCGCAGAAGCCGGAUGAGCAUAAGACGCGCCGCCGAUCAUCUCACGAGACACGGGCUCGCGAUUCCACACCCAGGGCGGAGAGCACCGAGGACCAGGAGAACACGGCUCCGCCGACGGAAAGCGCGGACACGGCCACUGACGAAACGCCCAAGGCAAAGGUCGACCACGGCUUGAAGCGCAGCAGGGCGACUAGAAGCCCCUCGUCACCGUUAAAGCCAGGAGUCAGAAGACCCUUCUUGGGCGUGCUGAAGGAGGCGUUCCAGGGUGAAUCAAGCGGGCAGAGUUACCCCAAAGCCUACCAAGGGCACGAGCCACGCAAGGACUACGACGACACCGACUCGUACCAUUCGUCCGACUAUACAUCCAGCGGCCUCACCGAUAUCCGUGACGAGUACGAGCCUCCCAAGAUGGCAGGCCCCAGAUACAAACCGCCUACGAACGGCAAGCAUGAACUGUCAACCAUCAUGUCUGAAGACGAUUCUAGUGCGCUCGGCUCAGACCUGACGGAUGCGUCCCAAUCGACCCUGACGCAGUCGACGGGCCUCACCAGGGACAGCGAGUCCUCGAAGCCUCACAAUCACGCUCCCGGGCUCAAGAGACGCCUGACUCGCCACUCGGAUCUGGUCUCGGUGUUAUCGCUGCCAGACAACUCAAGCAUUCCCAGCGGCAUCAAGAACAACCGCUCGCGGCCGAGUCUGAGGAAGAGACGCGCCGGCUCGGGUGACGUGACAUCUGACGAGCUGCUCAAAGAGUUUGUCGACGACGAGAACCUGUACCUGCGCGAACUCAAGACCCUAGUGGACGGCGUCAUCCCAGUGUUGCUGACCCACGUAGUGAACGGCACGAACUCGACAGAGCUUUUCGGUCCGGGAUCGUCCAGCAAGGAUGGCCUGUCCAAGUCGGUGGUCAACAUGGGCGUCGCCCUGGAAAAGCUCAAGAAUGCACACCGCAAGGCGCCAAUGUCGGACGUGCGACGGCUGGCCAACUGGGCACACGGCAUCGUGCCAAUCUACAACAGCUAUCUCAGCGCGUGGCGUCUGGGAUUCGAGGACGUUGUCGUCAACCUGGCCCCCGGCCAGCUGGACGAUGAGGACUCGCUCCUCAAUGCGCUGCCCCGGAAUGAGCGAGGCGACAUCGUCGACUCCGCCGGGGAGCGGGUGGCCGUGGCGCACCUGUUGAAGCGGCCGCUCAUCCGGAUCAAGCAAAUGACCAAGCUGAUCAAGUGCCUGGACGCCAUCAUAGACUCAAAUGACACGCAUGAACUGCUCCGGGACUUUGAGAAUCUCCAAGACAAGGCCCGACGGCGCCAUAGAGAGGAGACGGCUCGCAUGACGGACCAGGAUGCCAUCAACACAGACAAGACAAGGGCACGCGAUCUGCGUACCCUCGGUCCGGCCCGCGAUGUCACCAUCGACCCAAAUCGCCAAGUCAAUGCCAAAGACGUCUUCGCGCUCGACCUGGCGCACUCCAACGGACAGCGGCUGGAGUGCCAGGUCGAAGUGAUUCAUCGCGACAAUCAAAAGGAUGCCGACGACGGCGAUAUUCUUAUCCGAGAGACUGGCGAAGGGCGACGAUGUUUCCUUCUGUUUGCUCCCGUUCCCAUGUCCAUGGUCUCGGCACGAACAGGGGACGGCGAGUUGGACAUGGUCGUCAUGAUCCGCGGCACGCACAAUGGCAAGUCGUGGCAUGAGCUCCUCACCUUGAGCGCAGACAGCGAGGACCAGAUCCUCGACUGGCUAGACAUUCUUCCCCUUACCCCUGUGCCGCCCAGGGAGCCGGAGCCGAGUGAGGUCGGUGAGCCGGAGCCGACCACUGCGCGGGGCGCGGCGGACAUGCCGUUCGGUGCACGCGUGCCGCUGCCUGAAUCACCCAGGUCACCAAUUUCCAAAAACGUCGCGUCUUCACCCACAACCGACGACAGACGCGCGCUGCCUUCGCGAUACCGCCCGCACCGAGCGACCAUGCCAUCCUCGUUUCCAGCGCAGCAAGCCUCUCCGGAGCUGUCUGAUCCAGAAAAGACUCCCACAAAGAAUGCAGCCAAGGAGGAGCGGAGCAGGCCGUUGAGCGAGAGCAUGCGUCCAGACCCUCGCAGCCUACGCGGAGAGAGCGCACCCCCUAACACCACGCAGUUCCGCGAUGAUGGCGCGCCGCGGCCGCCGGUCCACCGCACGCUCAGCGUCAGCCCUAAGUCGGCCGACAAGUCUGCGUCGCCGACGCAGUCUCCGCCUCCGCUGCAACCGCCUACCGACGUGAACAGCCCGGAGCGCAUCAGACGUCGUGGGUCGUCGCCCCUUAAGCACGAGUACCUUCCCUCAGACGUGUCUUCUGUUUCCGAAGAGUUCUCGGACGAGUCAGAUGCCGACUCGAGCGACGACGAGAUUGAAAGUAUCGACAUUCCGGAGACGGAGCUGGGCGUGAGCAUCAACAAGGACGCGCGGGCGCCGGCGGUGGGCGAGUCGCUACUGUCGGGAUCGGACUACAGCUUGACGCCGUCUAACUCUGCCUCACAGGCCGGUCUGCAUGGACCGAAGACAACCGACGAAAAGGCGGCGCGCUUCAUAGCGUCGAUAUCGCGGUGGUCGGACAAGGGCCUAUGGAAGGACUUGUCGUCGAGCGUCUGCUCCGUCAUGGUUACCGCUGGCCUCAUCGAGGUCUAUCACUUCCGCAACGGUGAGCACAAGAAGACAGACAAGCCGGCCCUGGCGCUCGACCUGACGCCGCUGGUGCUCAUUCGGCAGAGCACUGCACUGGACCUGGAGAUUCGGUCCUCGGUGCAGCCUCACAGCUCGCUGUACGAGCACUACAACGGCGGCAACUUCCGCUUCCGCUGCCCCAACCACCCCGAGUGCCAGGGGCUGUACAUGGCGGUGCACAAGGCGCGCCUCAACAAUCAAAAGUUCAUCGAGCUCGAGAACGAGGCACGGUUCAAGAGCUUUGGGGAGCAGCGGGCCCCGGCGGAGAACGAGGGCAGCACCAGCAGCCGCCGGCGGAACUGGUUCGGCAGGAAGAACAGCUACCGCAGCUCCGUCAGGGCGCCAUCACAUGACGGAGCCAGCACGACGCCAUCGUCGACGCCAUCGGCCUCGAGCUUCCUCAAGCGGCUCACGGGGGCGGGCAACCUCUCAUUCAACCUGGCACGGUCUUCGGUCGACCGGCAGAGUCUCCGCAGCGUGGGCAACAGCCUGUACACGUCGGGAUCGUCGUCGGCGAGCGGGACGCCCCCGCGGUCGCCGUCGGUCAGCGUCGAGAACAGCGGGCGCAACAUGACGAGCGUCAACCCCGACAACAUACGGAUCCGGCUGCAUCUGCUGGUCGGGGCGGCCAAGUGGGAGGACUACGGCAACUGCAGUCUGCAGAUCCGACGGCCGCCGCCGGGGUGGCGGCAGGCGCUGCGGGCCAACCACGGGCUCGAGAAGCGCAUCACAGCGACGACGCUGCCGAAGAAGGAGUCGGAGAAGCCGCGCAUCGUGCUGGACGCGGUGCUGGGCAGCGGGUGCUUCACGCCAAUGGGCAGCCGGGGCAUUGUGUGCGGUGUGUGGGAGGAGGUGAGGAAUGGAGACGGCGUCGUGGGCAUGGUGCCGGCGACGGGAGCGACUGGCGGCAACAUCAAGAAGUGGUGUUUCCAGUUUGCCAACGCGCCCGAGGCGAGCUGGGUGCUGCGGCUCGUACACCAGGAGGUGGUGCGGGCGUGAGCUAUUGUGCCUUGUUUCUGUUCUGGCGCGCCGGGAGUAACGCUUGAUGAGAGGGCACAGUUGCUAUUGUUUUGUUGAUACCACGGGGACGCCCAUGCGUUUGGCAAUAUUUUUCUCUUUGUUACAUGUACGAGGUACACUCGGAGGACACAUGGAUAGACCGAGGAGAGACGGGGUUGCGUGCGACUGAGAGGUUGCGAAGUAGAGGGCAUAGAUGGAUGGGGUCAUGAUGAAUGAGACGCAGGAAGCCAACUAAAUGUACGAACUAUCAUCACAGUUUGCUUGCUACGCCGCGCGGUGAUGACAAUGCUGGGAAGCUGUAGGAUGUAGAGC